AGUUGAAUUCUUUCUUGUUGACCGUGUUGUAUAACCAGUAUUUCGUAGCCUGAGAAGUGAUUACAUCAUCGCACCCACUUAACCCCCCUCAAUCCCUCGCUUUUUGACACAUUCCCCUCGGUUCAUCCCAACCUGCUCACAAUCAUCAUUAUCUCAUCCAAUCCACACUGGCAAUCUGAACUACCUAAUAAAAACUUCUGAAAAUGACUGCCUCCAUAGCACAAGCUACCAAAACCAUCGUCGCUACAGGCACAUCGUCAGGGUUGGGCUUUGAACUCAUCAAACAACUCCUCAGCUCUCCCACUUCCCUCAGCCCCUCUACCACUCACCUCAACCUUGUCCUCGGAGCCCGCGACACCAACCGUACCGGUCAAGCCUACAAUGCGCUCUCGUACCCCAAGACUGAUCACAUUCUGUCUAUCCUUCCCCUCGAGCUUUCCAGUCUAAAGUCAACCGCCUCAUUCGCCAAUGCAACACUCGAGCGUCUCGGCCCUGACGGAAAGAUCGAUUACCUGCUCCUCAACGCUGCGGUCUCUGACGGGACAGACAAGCCCGCGAAGGAGUCCAAGUCUGGGCUUUGUGAGGCAUUUGUGGUUAAUCAUCUUUCCCAGCAUUACCUCCUUCACUUGCUCGAGAAGAAACUGAUUGAUUCCUCUACGAGAAUCAUUUUUGUUUCCUCGGGCGCCAUCCGUCGGGUUACUGACCCCUCGACGUUGGAGAAGGACUUGAAAGUUGAGUCUGGGGUGGAAGCCAACGACACGUACUCUCAGACAAAAUUCUUGAACUUGUUGAGUGCGCAGUGGUGGCGGAGGAGGCUGGAGGAGAAGUGUAGGGUUGUUGCAGUUUCUCCGGGGCUGAUUCCUAACACUGGAAUUGGGAGGGGCUCGGGAAUGAAGUUGAGUAUGGAUAUGCCUGAUGCGAAGAGCGUGGAGCAUGGGGCAAAGAGCAUUCUGGCUGCGUUCACGAGGGAUGAUUUCCCGAAGGAUAGGGAGCAGCUGUUUUUGACGAGCUGGGGGGAGUGGUGGGAGAAGGGGGUGUAUGAGAAGGUGUUGGAUAAGGGGUUGCAGGAUAAGUGGUGCUGGUCAAAGGAGGAGAUUGAGAAGAGGGAGGGGUUGAACUAGGUUCACUCCAGCCUACUUCUGGCUCUUCUUCAUUCACAGUUUCACUAUAGACAAUGCAAC